AUGGCGUCGUCCAUCUGUAGGACGUUGAAAUUAUUUCAGCCGACAACAUGUCACAACUUGAAGAGUGCAGUGGCUUUGUUGGACGUGCGGUUCCCCCAGAGUACGGUUGUUCCGAUCAGGAGCAAGAAGCGCUAUUUCAUCCCGCCAAAGGUAGGCAUGAAGCAGCGGACCCAAGAUGAAAUAGAGGCUCAGGCACGGGCGUCCGGUAUGGUGCCCAGGCAAGAGUACAUGGAGAGAGCCAUCAACAUUGCUUGUACAGCUGGGAUCUUUGAUCCAUACGUCCCUCCCGAGGGUGAUGCUCGUCUGUCCACCUUAUCAAAGGAAGGUCUUAAACAGCGAACGGAGCAGUUACGACAGAGCGCAGGAUCACAGCUGGCAAUACGAAAAAUAAAGGAACAUGACUCGGAAUUCACGACAAAAGAGUUCCCAACUCGAGCUCAAGAGAUUUUCAUUGAGGCUCAUUCUGCUCUCACACAGUUUGAUAAAGUUAAACUGCACUCCUUGGUAACAGAGAGGUGUUAUCCUGAAAUGGUCAGAGGGAACCGUUAUAAAACAAUUCGUUGGAGAUUUAUUGAGUCGUUGGAGCCACCAAGAGUGGUUCAUGCCCGCUGCCCAGACAUGGUCAGUAAGGGUAACCUGUACGGUCAGGUGACACUACGAAUGCACUCCCGACAGACAUUGGCUGUUUAUGAUCGCUUUGGUAGACUUAUGUUGGGAGAUGAAGAGGAGCCACGGGAUGUGCUGGAAUACCUUGUGUUGGAGAGGCAUCUGGUCAAUCCUUAUGGUCGCUGGAGACUACACGGCAAGAUUGUCCCAGCCUGGGCCCCACCUAAAGACCCCAUCAUUAAGUCUGUUAUGAUCCCUGGGCCAAAGCUCAAGCCAGAAGAAGAAUUUGAGGAGCUCAACUAUGAAGUGCCCAGGCCUAAAGCAGUGCAAUGGAACAAGUAGCCCAGAUCAAAGAAACAGAGUGUUCAACUUUCAGACACUUAUGGACUGAAUUUCCCCAUUCACAUACAUUUGAAUUAAACUUUGUUUCCCAUAUGCUGAAGUCUUUCAUUUUCUUUGCAAGGAUUUCUGUGGAGCGUAACAUCACUUGAGUCUAGCUGAAGUUUUUAUCAUUAAUUUCAGUGUGGAGGAUGAAGGGGAACUGAAGUGAGAACAUCAGUGAAUAUGACUGCCAUUAUCCUCUGGCCACAUAUCCCUGCAACUUAAUGGUCCAGAGACAAUUUAGUGUCUUAUUGUUUGAGUUCUGUGAUGCAAUGGACAUAUAUACAUGUAUUUAAUGGUCACAUGGUUGAACUGAUGGGCCAAAAAGGUGAUUGCAAGAUAUAGGAUAAUAAAAAUUUAUUCAUAUCAGAAAUCAUUAUUAUUUGAUGAUAGUGUAUAACUU